UUGGCGGGGAAAGGAUAGGUGGCGAAUGCGAUUGGCUUGCGGUUCCUCCAACUCCAAGAGCAUCUGCAAACCGCAGAAAGCCCAACGGCCAUGGCUUCCGCUCGGAACUUCCACAAACCGACCCUCGACGACCAUCUUCUCCGUCCAAAAGCCGCCUCGAACCAGCCGCCGGACUUCACGAAGCAACUCGUUCCUCCGACCCGCACGUCGAGAAGGUUCGCCAUCUUGAUCUCCUCGCUGCCGCUCGCGCUCACCUCGCUGCCUCAGUCGUCGGGGGCCAGGGAGAGGCGCAACCGGAAGGCCAUCCCUCUCGAGGAAUACGCCACGAGCCCUGAUGGAGUGAAAUACUAUGAUAUCAUCGAGGGAAAGGGUCCAGCAGCUGAAAAAGGAUCAACAGUCCAGGUGCAUUUUGACUGUCUGUAUCGCGGUAUUACGGCUGUAUCAAGUCGAGAAUCUAAGCUUUUAGCUGGAAAUCGCAUUAUUGCUCAGCCAUAUGUAUUCAAGGUAGGAUCUCCUCCAGGAAAGGAACGCAAGCGCGAAUUUGUAGAUAAUCCAAAUGGAUUAUUUUCAGCACAGGCUGCUCCCAAGCCUCCACCUGCUAUGUACUUGAUAACAGAAGGGAUGAAAGUGGGUGGAAAGAGAACGGUUAUUGUUCCUCCAGAGGCUGGCUAUGGUCAGAGGGGAAUGAAUGAGAUACCGCCAGGGGCCACCUUUGAGCUGAAUAUCGAGCUUCUGCAAGUAGAACCGCCUGAAGGAAAGCAGACUUAGUAUUGCGUGCGGACGGCCAUGAGGUGAUGGAGUUGAUGCGAUGCUGAAAUUUUGUAUCCUUUUCUUCUAAUAGGAGGCAGAUAAGUCAGCUGAGGGAUCAUCAUGUGCAGAGUGAUAAGUCAGGUUGAAUUCGUGACUUGCUAGUUUCUAUGCAUAUCUCCUUCCUCCUCUUCUUCUUCCUCUACUACAAAGCAUGAUGAAGCGGAAACAUUGUAAUCUCGGGCCGAUGUUCUUGCUUCCAAUGCCGCAGAAUUCACUGAUAUUGUUGGUAUAGUAUACAUGAGACUGUUGACCACAUGA